AUUAUUAAGAUUGAUUGCAAAUGUCACAUUCCCUUUAUUGUAUUUAAUUAAAUGAAAGUAACUUAUCAUUUGUUUGAGUCCCAGUAAGCUGGGCCCCGUCUCACAUAUCGCAAGGUGGGCGCGCGCAAAGCGAGCCGGGAACCAGCUUACAGGGAACCAUCACUAUAUUGUGCAGAGUUGUCUGCUCUUGACGAGACUGGAAAGGAAGAAGGUGGGAGAAUAAUAAUACAUUGACCAUGAUACGAAAUUCUGCCCUUUUGUGCCAGCGUUGCUUGCGUCUCUCGAAGCCAGCGAAACGUCGCUUUGCAUCGAAGGUUCCUGAAAAUCCAACAUGGAUUGAAAUAGAUCCAAAGAAGUUGCCAGAGGUUCCUAAGAUCAGCAAGGAGUUGGUGGAGCAGUUGGAAAGACUGUCAUUGGUUGAGUUCACUAAUGAAGAGGGUAUCGCAUGUCUCUCCGCUGCUAUCCAAUCUGCCAACAUUCUCUACAUGGUGAACACAGAUGGCGUCGAACCUCUAGACACAGUUCUAGAAAACAGAGAAUUGUAUCUACGAAAUGAUGAUGUCACAGAUGGCAACUGCCGAGAUGACAUACUCUCCAACGCAGUUAAAACAGAAGAAGAGUACUUUGUUGCCCCACCAGGAAAUAUUCCUCUGGAAUCCAAGGACGAAGAUUACAAGAAGUCACUUUCAUGACACAGAGUUGAUAUUCCUGUGUAAGCUUGUGUUGUGUGCUGAAUAUGGACUGUGAACCAUUUCUGUGGAUGAGUGAGAUCAUAUGUCAAUCGUUGCUUACAUGAUUUGUAUGACAGCAAGAAAUAAAAGGAUUUUUAUCCCCCAAGUUCAAACAGUCUUCAUUUGUAUCCCAUUUUCAUUAUGAAAACAAUGUAGGAAUAAAAUAAACCUUAUGAUGUGA